UUCCUAAUCUGCUAAGGGCUCAGAGAAUAAAAACACCCACCGGUGGACUCUUCCUGAGAAAGCCCAGUAUAGACAUCUAUUCCUCCAGCAGACACGGAGACACGUCCAGCGAGCGGUGCUGCACAUAUUCAGGCUGGCAGUCAGCUGCAGCGCUCUCUCUCUUUCACUCUUCCUCUCUUGCUUUUUCUCUCUCAGAGUAGUAAUAUUAGGCUGAAGCUCUACAUCAGGGAGAGAAAACACAGAGGGGAGAAAACACGAAGCACUCACUGUCAGUGGUUUCAUUAAAACAACAAACAGCUAUGAAUCUUGAGCCUCCAAAAUCUGAAUUUAAGUCAGCCACUCGGGUGUCCGGAGGCCCAGCCACGCCACGCAAAGGCCCACCCAAAUUCAAACAGAGGCAAACUCGUCAAUUUAAGAGCAAACCGCCAAAGAAGGGCAUCCAGGGAUUCGGAGACGAUAUCCCUGGUAUGGAAGGUUUAGGCACUGACAUCACAGUCAUCUGCCCUUGGGAGGCCUUCAGCCACUUGGAGCUGCACGAGCUGGCUCAAUACGGCAUCAUCUAAGUCCACCAUCCUCUUCACUUUCCACUUUCCAGUCUGCCUCCACCCUGGCCAUGGGCUCCAGUCGGUCCAUUUAUAUGAUCACCUUAUCAUAUAACAUUACAAAAAAUAGAAAAACCAAAGUAAAAAAGCAAACAGAAAAACGUACCUAACUGUCCACUUCAUGGUAUCUUUCUUUUCUGCUCAUAAAUCACUGUAACUCAGACCAGCAUACAUACUAAAUCUGGUUGUGUUUGAUUUAUUGUCUCUCAGAUCAUUUAUUCCCUUCUUUUACCAUUCCUGUUUCAUCUCUUCUCUCCUUUCUUUAUCCUCCUUUCUUUUGGAACAGAACUUCAAACUUAAGCAAGCAAAACAGCCUCAAAGUGAGUAUCAUAAGCAUUUUACCCGUGAAAUGCUAGGCUUCUCAUUUCACGUGUCCGAACACCUCUGGGGACAUCUUGAAGGGGUAAUUUAUUUUAUUUUUUAUUUUUGAAAAGGUCAUAAUCCUGUAGAUAUGAGACACCAGCUGACUGGCAACGAAUCCUUUUUACACUAUGCAUUAAAAAACCGCAAAACACAUAUUUGACAACGACUGUGACUUGACUCUUCCUUCUUUAUUAUUAAUCUUUUUAUACACACUUUUGCACACAGGCUUCAAAAUGGUCAUAUUCAUUUGUUUGGUUAGAGGUUUUCUGAAAAAAAAUCAUACAAGAAAAACAAACUGCCACUUUCUUGGCUGUCUUGCAAUCCACCUAAUAUGUCUACAGCUUGGUUAUUAUCGCAGAAAUAAAAAAGCUAAAACAAGUCUGAGGUUUGGGUGAUUCGAAUAGAAGAGUGUUCACUUUUGUCUUAUUUAUCUGCAUGCUUGAUUUGUUCCUUUUUCAUCUUUCAUUCUUUUAUCACAUUAUUGUUUUUUCUCUUUGCAUAUGCCGCUGUCUUUCUGUCUCAACUGUUUUGUCACAAAUCCAUAGAUUAAUUUAAACUACAUUCAGUUCUUACUAAUCGAAUGUCAUGGCAUAUUUCAUGUGUAUAUUAAUCUGCCAUAAACCUAUUUCAUUUGUACAUUCUGUGAAGUGAAUUGCAUGUUCCUUCAUCAUGGUCUUUAUAUCUUUCGGACACUGCAUUUUGCUGUGUGUAUGUAUGCAGUCGUGUGUUAUUGCAUGUGGUCUCAUUUGAAACGUUCAGCCUAAUUUAUUUCCUUUUAUUUACAGUGGCAUGCUGCUAUUAUCGUCCACACAAACCCUCACAGUACAUUUUUGCAUAAUUUCAAACGGUUAACUCGACACCCUUACUGUCUGUAAUCAGUGACUGAAAUAACAGUGUUUCUUCUUUACAGGAUGAGAUCAAAAUAAAGAUUAAAAAAAAACGGAAAAAA